AUGCAGAAAUAUCAAGUGUGUGGUAGUCGGGGAUGUAACUGUAGGGAAAACGUCUCUUUGCAUCUGUUACCAAACCAAUACCUUCCCUGA